AGAAGAGUCAAGGAAAUGACAUCCAGGAUCUUGGUAUCAACACAUGAAGAAAACUUAGUCUGCUGUCUAGGUAUUUAUAGAAGAAGGAACACAAGCCAGGAACAGUGGCUCACACCUAUAAUCCCAGCACUUUGGGAGGCUGAGAUUGUCAGUGGCUGCUAUGCAGCAGGUGCAGCCUGGUCUCUCACUGAGUCUCUACUCCACAAAGGCAACGACUGGCCAAGGCAGUGGCUGGCUCUGGGUUACACAAGUGCAGACACUCAACUAAGUGAGCUGGAAGACCCAGGAGAAGGCGGAGGCUCAGGUGCCCACAUGAUCAGCACAGCCAGGGUACCUGCCGACAAGCCUGUACGCAUCGCCUUUAGCCUCAAUGACGCCUCAGAUGAUACACCCCCUGAAGACUCCAUUCCUUUGGAAUUUCCAGAAUUAGACCAGCAGCUACAGCCCCUGCCACCUUGUCAUGACUCCGCGGAAUCCAUGGAGGUGUUCAAACAGCACUGCCAAAUAGCAGAAGAAUACCAUGAGGUCAAAAAGGAAAUCGCCCUGCUUGAGCAAAGAAAGAAGGAGCUCAUUGCCAAGUUGGAUCAGGCAGAAAAAGAGAAGGUGGAUGCUGCUGAGCUGGUUCGGGAAUUUGAGGCUCUGACGGAGGAGAAUCGGACGUUGAGGUUGGCCCAGUCUCAAUGUGUGGAACAACUGGAGAAACUUCGAAUACAGUAUCAGAAGAGGCAGGGCUCAUCCUAACUUUAAAUUUUUCAGUGUGAGCAUACGAGGUUGAUGAAUGCCCUGUGCUGGCCAAAAGAUUUUUAUUUUAAACGAAUAACGAGUCAGAUCUAUUGCUUCUCUGUAUUACCCACAUGGCAACUGUCUGUGAUGAAUUUACUGCUUGCCAGCUUCUAGCUUGAGAGAAGGGAUAUUUUAAAUGAGAUCAUUAAUGUGAAACUAUUACUAGUAUAUGUUUUUGGAGAUCAGAAUUAUUUUCCAAAGAUAUAUGUUUUUUUCUUUUUUAGGAAGAUAUGAUCAUGCCGUACAACAGGGUAGAAAACGAUAAAAAUAGAAUAUUGACUGACCCAGCUAAGAAUCAUGGGCUGAGCGGAGUUAAGCCACGCAACAAACCCGUAACAUGUUCACUGUAGUUUCACAUGUAUAUUUUUAAAAUUUCGUGCCUUUAAUAUUUCAAAUAUGCUCAAAUCUAAACUCUCAGAAACUUCUCUGCAUGUAUUUAUAUUCACCAGAGUAUAAGCUUUUAUACUCUGAUUUUUAUUCUUCAAUGAUUGAUUGUACUAAGAAUAAAUGGUCACAUAUCCUAAAAGCUUGUUCAUGAAAUUAUUAGCAGAAACUGUGUUUGUAACCAAAGCACAUUUGCCAAUGCUAACUAGCUGUUGUAAUAAUAAACAGAUAAGGCUGCAUUUGCUUCACGCCAUGUGACCUUACAGUAAACAUCUCUGCCUUUGCCUGUGUGUGUUCUGGGGGGAGGGGGGACAUGGAAAAAGAUUGUUUGGACAUUAUUUGGGUGAGUGCCCAUGAAAACAUCAGUGAACCAUAACUAUUGUUUUGGAUUUAAGGAGAUGUUUUAGAUCAGUAACAGCUAAUAGGAAUAUGCGAGUAAAUUCAGAAUUAAAACAAUUUCUCCUUGUUCUACCUAUCACCACAUUUUCUCAAAUUGAAUUCUUUGUUUUAUGUCCAUUUCUAUUCAUGUAACUUCUUUUUCAUUAAACAUGGAUCAAAACUGACA